UUUAAAUGGACAUAUAUGCAAGAAAAUGGCCAAAUCACCCAUACACGGCUGAAAUACCUUCACACACAGACAUGGCGGCUGCCAAGCCCACCCUGGGCCGGGUCCUCCCGGGGUCGUCCAUCCUCUUCCUGUGUGACAUGCAGGAGAAGUUCCGCCACGUCGCCUACUUCCCCCAGAUCGUCUCUGUGGCCGCCCGCAUGCUCAAGGCUCAGGCCUUUGUCCCCCCUCCCGGCACAGGUGGCCCGACUGCUGGAGGUGCCAACGGUGCUGACAGAGCAGUACCCGCAGGGCCUGGGCCCCACGGUGCCCGAGCUGGGGGCCGCGGGCCUGCAGCCGCUGGCCAAGACCUGCUUCAGCAUGGUGCCCGUGGCGCAGCAGGAGCUGGCCGCGCGGCCGCAGCUGCGCUCUGUGCUGCUCUGCGGCAUCGAGACUCAGGCCUGCAUCCUGAACACAGCCCUGGACCUCCUGGAUCGGGGGCUGCAGGUCCACGUGGUGGUGGACGCCUGCUCCUCCCGCAGCCAGGUGGACCGCCUGGUGGCACUUGCCCGGAUGCGACAGAGCGGCGCCUUCCUCUCCACCAGCGAAGGACUCAUCCUGCAGCUUGUGGGUGACGCUGCGCACCCCCAGUUCAAGGAGAUCCAGAAGAUCAUCAAGGAGCCCGCCCCGGACAGCGGGCUGCUCGGCCUCUUCCAAGGCCAGAACCCCCUCCUCCGCUGAACUCCCACUCCGCCCGGAGGGGAGACCUCCCUCCUCCUGUCACCCGGCCUCGGUGGGAGCGCUUUCCCCCAUUCUUGGAUCCCAAGAGUGGUGCAGUCCACCGGGAGUGCCGCCCCUCGGGAGGGGAGGCGGGUGCUGCCUUGCUAUUGGGCGGCGGCCCCAAAAAUGCAAAUGAACCCCUGGGAGCCGAUGGCCGUUGGCUGAGCUGAGCUGGGGGCGGGGCUCGGCCCCGGGCCACUUCAAGGGUUGGGAAGGGGAGGGGGAGGAGUCACGGGCUGUGUGGGACCUGGGCUCGCAGAAUAAACACCGAUGUGGCUGUGGA